CGAGGACUUCACCGGCCAAGUGCCCAAUAUGAAAUAGUUUCAUGUCGGCGCGCCACGUCAUUUUGCGACGUUGGCAACGGCCACGAUAUAAUAAAACAACGUCGGUCCCAAAAUCUGGUCGGUGAAAAUAUUGUGUCGCCAUAAGAUCAUAUUUUUCUGAAAGCGAUGGACGCGCACCAUUUGGACGACGUGGCAUCCGUCAAGAGCGGCGAGGGCAACGCCGUUGCGCCAUCGCGCUGGAUGAAGCUUGUUCAGUGGUACAUCGCACCGCCGACCGAGACCGCAAACACCAAGCGCUACUGCGGCCGGCGCCUCUCGAAGCGCGGCUGUAUUCUCCUGCACGUCGUCGUGCUGCUCGUGCUGGCGCUAAUGAGUAUCGGCCUUGUGCUCGUCUACGUCGUUGUGCCGCACAUGAUUCAAGCCCGCUUCGCGAGCGCCAUGGCCCAUCCGCUCACGAGCGAAAGCAGCAAUGAUACCACGGGCGUCGUUCGGCCCAGCGACGGCACCGCCGACUUUCGCGUGCGCACGACACUGCCGGCACUCCUCUCGAUCGGCGGCACCGUCGAGCUCGUCGGUAUCUCGACCUACGUCAUUGCCGACAAGCGCGGCAAGACGUGGGCGACGGUCACCAUGAGCCCCGUGACCUUUGCAGUGAACGCACCGGCCAACAUCUCGGUCGACUUUAACCUUUCGGUUAUCGCCACGCCGUCGUCCGAGGUGCUCGCAACGAUGUUUCCCGAGCGGCAACUGGCGCUGCACAUUGCAACGAGGUGGACAAUCCGGUUCUGGGGCUCGAUCUGGUACUCGGAGCUACCACUCAGCGGCGUCUACACGCUCUCUCUUCCGCAUACGCUCCAAGACCAGUUUGAUGCGGUCAUUCGCAACCCGCUGUCUCCAUCGCCGUCGAGCUCGGGAGCCAACGUGACGGUCGAGGUGCUCUCGGCCAGCGACGGCAGCUUCCGCCUCAACGCGACCGUGCCCGCGCUCUCGCUGCUUCCAGGGACGAUUCGCAUCGUCGGGCCCACCGUCAUUGUCAUUUCGGACCCGCAGAGGACGCCGUUUGGUCAUGUGACGUUUGAGGCAGUGACGUUGCCGAUGGAUCGCGUCACGAGACUCUCGGUGACGGGGGCGUGGUCGCUCGUGGGCAUGCCGACGGCGUCGGUGCUGCUAAGCGCCGUCCAAUCCAAUAGCUUUCGCAUGCACGUGGACUCGAACUGGACGAUCGAAGCGUGGCACCAGAUCUGGUUUGCGCCGCUCGCGCUCCACUCGCAAUUUGAUUUGAACUCGACGACCGGCGCCCAAUUUUGGCAACUCGUCCAGUGCAAGCUCUACGUGUGCUAAUCCCGAAGCCUCACCACACUUGGUUCUAGUCGUUCGAGCACAUCCAUCCACAUUUCACAUUUCACAUUUCACAUUCAACAAAUGCGACGGGAAAGUUCUGG